GCUGCUCGGCACGGCGGCGCUUUACUAACACGGCGGCCCAGCCUGGCGGGGAAGGAAAUAGCUGCCAGACGCCCGGAAGUGGAGGUCUCCAUGGAGACUGUUCCGACGCGUUGCUAUGGCUCUAUGGCGGGGCGUAGCCGCCCAAGAUGGAGCAGAUCCCGGAGGAGGAGAGGUCCGGGGGGCCAGGGCCUGAAACCGGAUCGGAGACCGGGCCUCAGCCGGAGUCCGGGUCCGAGCAGGGGCCCGAAGAAUCCGAGUCCCAGCCUGGCCCGGCCUGCCUCGCCUGGAGCCACCUGGAGGUGGCUGAGUGGGUUCGGCAGCUGGGCUUCCCUCAGUACGAGGAGUGCUUUACAACUAACUGCAUCACUGGCCGCAAACUCAUCCACGUUAACUGCUCAAACCUGCCACAGAUGGGCAUAACGGACUUUGACCACAUGAAGGAGAUUUCAUGGCAUGUGCGAGAGCUGCUGGGGAUUGAGGAGCCUCUCUGGAGCAGAAGCAUUGCCCUCCCUUACAGGGACAACCUGGGCUUGUUUCUAGAACACAAAGCCCCAACUGGUGCAAAAACUGAUGCCCUCACCUUCUCUCAGUUUGUCCAAGAAGCAGGAUUAGAGCCAUAUGCUACAAUUCCACCUUUGUAAAAAGCCCAGACUGCUGUGAAAGCAGACACCCUCACCUUCUUUGUUCAAGAAGCUACAAUUCCAUUCUCUCCGGAUUAAAGAAAGGCACAUCGAUACUGUGAUUUGUUUAGUGCUGACAGUAUGCUCAGCCAUGCACAGUCCCU